AUGAUCUCGGCCGACUCGCAACCACGGCGACUUCGGCCACAACUUCCUCACGAGGAAAAGGCACAAAAAGCAGCUAUGGUUGCCCAAGAAGGGACGACAACGGUGGCGUCGACAACGCGCUUCAAUUUCGACAGCAACGGCUUUGACUGCGACAGGGAGGGCUCCGAUGACGACGACUUCGAUAACGCAGGCUUCGACAACGCCAACUUCGACAACGACGACCUGCUGGCAGACCAGGAAGUCUGGGACGUGAUCGUUGAGGCCGCUGACGAGAAAGAGAUCGAUGAGGUCGCGAGGGAGAAGGAGAUUGAUGACUGGGAGUACAUUACCUAUGUGCAGCUGGAGAAGGCCCUUCAGGCCGUUCGCACCCUUCGCGCCCUUCGCGCCCAGGACGUCAACCUGUGGCUGAUUGCCAUUGAGAAGCAGAAGGCCAGCUUGGAUUCCACCGUGACCAUCAUGACCAACAAGGACUUGCAUCGUCUCUUGGCCAUUGCGCGCAGUGUUACAAUUUUGCAGCGUCGAAUUUUCCCGUCGUGGGACGAGGAAAAUUGCCCGGAGGGCUGA